AUGGCUACCUCUUUCCAAGCUCACGUCCACCACUCUUUUGAAGUCCCCUCUUCGGACUUACUUCUCAACCCUCGAGGUGUCCCCAGCCUCACCGGGACCGGGAGACAUUCCAUUGGCUCCCAGCAUGGCCCGCGCAAGUCCAGCGGCGAGGGCAAUUCAACUCUCGCUAAUCUUGUGCAAUCACUGGGACGCAGAGGCAGCAGUGAGUUGAACUCAGCUAAAAUCAUCGGCGCGGACUAUGAGGCAAUUCUCGACUGGAUCCGCGCGGAGCGAAUGCGAAAGCUACCUCCGGAGGGCAGUAGUUAUGAUAAAGUCCUUGUCUGGGCGCGCUUGUUUGUAGAACGACUGCACACGUUUGAUUCGGCAAUUCAGUAUUUUGAAGGAGACAGCCGCAUGGCGGCGGAGUUAGCAUACAUUCACUGUGCGAGCCUUCUCGAGUUGGGAGAUGAAAAUUCUAGUGCUCUCUUGGAUGUCUUUGGUUUCUUCUAUCGUUGCUCGACCGGUCUGGAGAACUUACUUCACCGAACGGAGUUGUUCAUAGUCUCGCAGAGUAUCAAGGACCAGCUGAUUCUCGCUUUGGCAGACCUGGUUACCUUGGUCGUCGGAGUAGCAACCCACUGUCAUCGCUCUCUUGGCAGUUUGGCCUCAGGAUCUGUGUCGAUUGAUAUCUAUAGUCCUUUCACUGCGUCUAUCAAGAGCUUCCGCGCUCGAUGUGAGCAUGUCUCGGAGAUGAUGUGGAGGCAUCAGCUGCUGGGAGCGGGUUUCCAUGAGGACAAGGUGACUCAAGUGAAGACGGUCAAAAACUGGCUGGAACCUGAAGAUCCCGUUUUGAGCAAUAUUACCGAAUUUACUGCGCAUUUUGCGCAGGAAAGAGAGGAGUCGACCUGCCUGUGGAUGGCACCGUAUCUGACUCGAUUCCUCAAGAGUGAGCAAAAGACCUUGUCCAUCUCCGGCAAGCCGGGAUCUGGUAAGACCAUCCUAGCGACGGUGAUCAAUGAUUACCUGCAACAUCCUACCGGAGGGGUCAUGUACAAGUCCAUAUUUGUACCGAUCAAUGCACGUAUCCCUGCCAACACGACGCCGCGCGCAACGGCAAAGUCUAUUCUUUCUCAACUGUUUUCGGCGCGUAUCGGGAACGUGCAGCUUUAUGAAAUCCUCUCGGAUGCAUAUGACCACUGCCGGAAGUCAACUACCGAGGAGCAGUACGAUAAUGCCAUCUGGCAUGCACUCGGACUCGCCCUCCAAGCCAAUCUGAAGGGUUCGCAGGAACUCGUCCUUGUCGUCGAUGGAGCGGACGAAGCCAGCUGCGGACAGACUGCUCUAGUCAAUCGGCUCAGAGAUGCGACCUUGAACGCGUCCAAUCUGAAGCUGAUUAUACUUGGGACACAAAAGCAGGAGACCUCUACUACACACACUGCAGUGCAGCUUACUCCGGAACUGAUCUUCGAUGAUGUUGCCGCGGUCGUCCGGAAGAUCUUCCAGUCCUGCUCUGCAUUUUGCGAGCUGUCCGAAGAACAGCAGGAGGUAACCGUAAUCCAAAUCGCAGAAACUUCCGGUGGCUCCUUUUUGUGGGCUAAGCUGGCCGCGAAAAGGAUUAAGGACGAACACGCGCCUCACGGACAGGACUUUGUGAAAGCUGUUGACGCGUUAGCCAAGGCAGGGCCCUCUAUCACGGACCUUGUCGUUCAUCGACUUGACUCGAAAGUGUCGGAGGAGGCAAAGAGAAUGAUGGUUUGGCUCGCCACUGCUAUACGCCCUCUGACGCUACGCGAGUUGUCUACGCUUCUGUCCGUUCGAGUGGAUAAGCAAACCAUCGUAGAUGUAGGGGUCGACCCGCUCAUGCUCCUGCGACCACUCGCAUCUCUGGUCUUCUGCCAAAAUAACAUGGUCUCCUUGCGGCAUGGACAGAUCCGCACAGCCAUAAUAGACACCGUCAACAAAGGCAAAUUGUUCUCGACACUUGGGGAUAGGCAUGUGGAUCUCGUCCGCAGGUUGCUUCUCUAUGUCAAGCUAAAUGUGACCGAUGAGGACGAAAUCUCCGAGACUCCCGUAAGCUUACAGAGGACGUCCAAACUACUGGAGCGGUUUCCACUCCUGGAUUUCGCCCUCCGGUACUGGGUGGCUCAUAUGAAAACCGCACUGGGGACUGAGACAGAUCAGCAGAUUCACACAGUGGGAAAGGAACUUGGCCCAUUCAUCCCCACCAAGCCAGUUGCACCACGGCUAGAGAUGACUUUAUGGCAAGCAAAACCAACUCCGGUGCUUCUGUCCUGGCACAAUCUCCAGACUUCGCUCUACCGGCAGACGCUCACAGUCGAUCAUCCGGCAACGCAGCAGGCGAUCAUCUGCCAAGUACUCUUCUACCGCGAGAUACGAGAUAUAAUGCCUACUGAAGCGAGCCAUAUCUUCUACCAUGCGGCGAUCAUAUGUCAAAAGGCGCUUUCCAGUCAGCACGUCAUCACGCGGAGAAUGAUCCAGGAUUUCCUCGAGAGCACCACCAAUGAAGUCACCAACUCACGAACGGAGAUCAUGAUCAGGCGGACUGAGAUGCUCCAGCUCCUUGUUGAAUGCUACAAGGUGCAGUACGGACAGAAUAGCAGCAUCGUCAUUUCGACAUUGACUCAACUGGUGGAGCAUUUGAAGUACAUUAAGGAAGAACGCAAAGCGCAGCAAAUCGCAACUUCACUGCAAACGAGUCUCACGGAGACUGCUACUUCACAGUCGACUACGUCACACCAGUCCGACGGAUCGUUGCUGGUUCAUCUCCAUGGUCGAAAGCCUAGUGUUCAGGAAGGCACAACUUUUGCUCUGGACGACAUCGAAACCGAUGAGCCUAUCUCCCAGACAAUGAACAGUCAGAGCUCGCUGUACAGGGAGAUUGAGAGCCACAUGCGGUCGAUCAAAGAGGAGACAGCGAGCUGGUCCGAGCGCACAUCUAUGGAGUCGAAUUUUCAGGAAAUCAUCUCCAGCACAUCCGCCGCGAGCUCUUCUUCUAUCGCAGCGGCUCAGAAGCUUGUAGAAAUGUACUUGUCCCGUCAUCAAUGGCGAGACGCAACAAAGGCUCUGAAGGCGAUUCUGCUCCGUGUUUGGCCGUCCUUUUUCACUCCAUCGGCCCAAGACGUGGAGCUUCCAUCAGAGAACGUUGGUCAUUGUAUCGACCUGGCAGAGCGCCUCAGGAACUGCUAUCGCUUCAGAGGCCGUUCAGCAAAAUCUGAGGAUGUCUCCCUUCGUCUUUAUUACAGCAUGCGGCGAGGCCGUCCCAUUGAAGAUGGGCUGCGAGAGCGAUUCACAAGGGACCUUCUGCAUUUGUAUGAGCGUAAAUCUCAGACUGACAAGCUGAUCCGCAUCCAUCAGGAUAUACUCGACGACUUAACGAAGCAAUCUAAAGAAGAUCAUCCUGCGGUCCUUCAAGAGCUUCGGACAUUGGCGGGCCUUACACGGCCGCGCUCAGCUGCCGUCGGCUACCAUCGCCUAAUUGUCCGGAUUCUGAACAAGGACUCCAAGACUUGUCAUCCGGACGCUUUUGAGUCUCUUCUCAUAGUAGCAACAGAGCUUUUGGGCCAGGGGCAAUACUUUGAAACACGCGAGUACUGGGAAACAUUGUUCAAUACCCUCCGGCACCCGAACAUCAACCCGAAGCUUCAAGACCAGGAAUUCGUCAAAUCAGUCUAUGAGCUGUACACGCAGUGUUUGCGUAUGACCCGCGCAGGGCUCCAUGUGAUACACGAUGUGACAGUUCAGUAUCGCAGCAUUUGUCAAACUAGAUUUGGAGCCACUGCCUCGAUCACCAUUCAGUCUACGAACAAAUUGCUGGAGAUUUGUCUGGAAUCCAAGCGAUACGAAGCCGAAGCUGUCCAAUUGUGCGAACAACUCCUCAAUACUCAAUCCAGUGAGGUUGAUAUUGACAAAGAGGGGCUCCAAGCAAUACUGGACGCUCAUUAUGAGGAGCAGUACACAUCAAUCGCGUCGGCCAGCGCAGAAUCUGUCUCCUCAGAGCAGCUACAACGAGUGAUCACCAUCCGACAGGAUCGCCUGUCAACUUUGCGGUCUACCUACGGAUGGGCCCACGAGGCAUCCCUGUCUGAAAUGAAAGAGCUGGUCCCCCUGUAUACCAAACGAGGGGAGGUGCAAACCGCCGUAUCGCUGCUCCAAGAAGCAACUCUCCAGAUUGUUUCGAAGGAAACCUCUGCAACCAAACUCGCUACUUCCGCGCAAACCAUUGCGUCCAGCUUCAUCUCGAUUGGUCAGGUCCAACAGGCAAAGGAGCUCUCCGAGGAGCUCUACCGUGAAAUUGUGAUCAAGGAAACCGGCGCCACGGAUUCUGUCUUGCCUCGCGGCGGCCGUCAGAGCUUGGUCUUCCUCGCACACCUUCAGUACACUCUUCGAGAACAAAGAGAGGUCUCGCUCACGGUAAGCGAUAUUCAUUCGGCCCUGUGUGCUGAGUACGUCUACUUUGAGCGAUACCGAUCAGAGGCUCGCUCCAAGUCCAGUACUCUGGAUACCAUAGUAGCCAUUGCUGCUCGUCUGUAUGGACUUCUUCGCGCCAGAAGCCAGGUGUCGACGGCCGCCCGUCUUGUAGAGGACCUCGCAAACUUCUUGGUCACGUCUCAGAAGGAAAAAGUCCAGAUGAGCUUCGGCGAAGCCAGGGUCUUUAUCGGCACUCUUUUAGAUUACUUUAGCGUAUAUACCACUAAAAACUUCUUGCAGUCCGUGGCCAUCGCGGGCUACCGCGGUGUGACACAGUACCUCGCCACAAGAGAUUACCAGGCUGCCUGUAAUCUCGCUGUGGCCGCUUUCAAGUACAUCCAGGCGCACAAUGGGUUCUCCUCCUCGCUAAGCGUCGUCAAGCUGCUUUUCAAUCUAGGUCUAACCAUCUCCGGUCAGAAUCUGGAGCCGCGUCCAGAUUCUACAACAAGAAAGCAAAUGCUCAGCGCCUCGUCCACCAUCAUGAGCCCCACACUGGCAUACUGCAAGCAAGCCAACAUCGACCUCACCCAACUGGACCAUGUGACACUGAACAAGCUGAUCAAGCUUUUAGACGCACAAAGGGGUUAUGCGAAUCUAGCCUGGCUCCUGACGGGACUCUGGGAUAAUCGUGACAAGCACCCGCCCUCGCAGGAGGAGGCAACAUACACACUCGCCCUAGGACGUAUGCUCGUCAUCACCCGCUAUCUGAUGGGCGAGUACAUGGCCGCCAUCCGUCUGGCCGAGGACAUCGUAUACAACUGCGUCCGUGUACAUGGCCCCCAGCAUCCGAGCAGUGAUGAGAUGACCGUCCUCCUAUCACGGAUGUACGCCAGCGUGGCACAGGGAUAUCAGGACCGAAAGGAGCACCGCGAACUCGCAUACCGGUACUACAAGAAAGCCGCGGCGCUGCAUGAGAACGCGCUCCGAGCCUUCGUCGAUCCUACCUCCUUAGCUUCCCCAGCGAUAGAUUCAGGAACCAGCUCACCUAGCUCUGAAACUGGCCCGCCUAGCCCCGGCGAGAGAUCGGAGGAAUCGGGCAAGUAUGUCCGGCAGCACCUGCAUCUGCUCAAGCUAGCGGUGGAACGUUUGGGCAAUUGGCCUAAGGACUAUAAGGAAUAUGAAAGCCUGAAUUCCGCUCUCUUCCAGGCAUUUGGAGACGAUCUCAAGGGCAUUGAAGGCGUAGACAAGUGGAAUCUGAAGGAAUUUGGUUCUGGUCGCGCGGAAGCCAGCGACGAUUUGAUUUCACACAAGUCACAUCCAGCAUUCGGUCUGGGUGAGCGCUUCGCGAUUGCUGUUUGA